AUGGCUGUUCACAAAGAAGUUAGUUUCUUUGCUUACUUGCUUGUUCUUGGAUUAAUGUUUCUCCUUGUAAGUGCGACGCAUCAUGAUGAUCACGAUCCCAAGCCUUGUUCUAGGGAAUGCGGUGAUUUUAGCUAUGGAAUAUGUCCACGUUCAGAAGGAAGUCCAAGAAACCCCAUAUGUACCACAUGUUGUGCAGGCUACAAGGGUUGCCACUAUUACAGUGCUGACGGAAAGUUCAUUUGUGAAGGAGAGUCUGACCCAAGAAAGCCAAACGAACAUUGUCCCCGAGAAUGUGAUCAUAAAAUUGCUUAUUCAAAAUGUCCCCGUUCAGAAGGACCGACUAUAGUUAAACCCACUGGAUGCACCAGUUGUUGCACGGGUUACAAGGGUUGCUACUAUUACAGUAAAAAGGGCAAGUUUGUGUGUGAAGGAAAAAGUGAUGAACCCAAGAGUUGUAGUCAAAAAUGUGACCCUAAAGUUUCUUACAUGACUUGUCCACAUACUGGAUCGACAUACCAUACUGGAGUUUGUGUUAAUUGUUGUACCGCAAAAGCGGGAUGCAAUCUCUAUAGUCAUGAUGGAUCUUUAAUUUGUAUUGGAGAUCCUAAAAAUCAUUAG